CAAUUGUGGUUAGUUUUAAGUUAUGCAACUGGGUCAAUUGUGCUCAUGAUCGAUAAUGCAAAUACUCGGAGCAGCUGCUACCCGCAUUCGUCUAAGCAGUUAAUCUCUGGCAUGUGGGUCGAAGUUUUAUAUAAAUUCUUACUAAUUGACAUAUGCCUGUCACAGUACGACGGCAACAUGAAUUCUGCCACUAUCCUGUUGUUUGCUGUGCUGCUUCUCGCUGAGCUGUGGUGCCCUGGCCAGGCCGAUGAGAGUCCCGGCUUCUUUCUGAAGAUCACCAAGAAUGUGCCACGACUAGGCAAGCGCAGCGAAGGUUUCCCCAUGAAGAAUAUGAAGACCAUACCACGCAUUGGUCGCAGCGAUCCAAAACAAGCUUCUGUUACUUCCUUACUGGCCUGGCUAUGGAAUAUGGACAUGGACUUGACUCAGCCGCAGUUGAGCAAGCGUCGUCUUGGCAACAACAAUGGCGUCGCCAAUGUGGAGCGGGAACUGAACGUUGUGCAGCCGGUAAACUCGAAUACGCUGCUGGAGCUAUUGAAUCGAAAUGCUAUUCCCAGCGAGCAUGUCAAGUUCGUGCAUUGGAAGGACUUUGAUCGUGCACUGCAGGCCGACGCGGAGUUGUAUGCAAAAGUUAUACACCUGGGACGCGAUCCGGAUCAGCGAUUAAAGCAUGAUCUCAGCUUUAGCAGCUAUGUUCCUAUCUUUGGCUCUGACGUUGAUGGGCAAGGCAACGAUUUCAUGCUGUAUAACAAGGACGAUAGGGAUUUGUAUACCAGUUCAGGUCGUUUUGAUAGCAACUUUAUGCAAUAUAAUCGCUUGUAAGAGUAACUUGUACUUGUAACUUUCAAAUAUGCUAUGUACAUUUUGUCUAAUGUCAGUCUUUGUGACUUUGUGUGCGCAAUGGUUAAAAUAAAGUCAGGA